AACUCGUGGUCAGCCUAGAAGGACUCAUUUCCUGAGGCUGUCCAUUGCCUGGCAAUAAACUUUUCCUUUUUUUUUUUUUUUAAAGGAGGGUAAGUUUAUUUCAGCUCACAGUUUGUAGAGGUUUUAGUCCAUGGUGAGCUGGCUCCAAGGCAAGAUGGCAUGGCAAAAGGGAAACUGCUCAAGGGAAGGAAGCAGGAAAGCAGAGCCAAUAAACUUUUUCUUAUUUUACCCAUUUCUCCUGGUCUCUGAAAGGUAAUUUCAACUCCCUAUUUCCCACAACAGUAUAAGGCUGCUAUUUUUACUGUUUGAGGAAAUUUUUUUAAAAAUCUCCCAGCGUAAAGGAAAGGAUAAUAGUGAAACUAAACAUUUAAGAAAUUCUAACCUGCCCACAAGGAGCAUCAAAUACACAUUUUAGUGGUAUUUUCAUUAUUAUUAUACAUCUGCAGUUCUUUACUUUUUUUUUUUCCUUCUUUACUGGGAACUGAACUCAGUCAGGGUCUUACACAUGCUAAGCAAAUGCUGUACCACCGAAUUACAUCCCCAGUCCUUUUUACAUUUUUUGUUUUGUAACAAGGUCUCACUAAGUCACUAAAGUGCUGAGGCGGGCCUCAAAUAUUCAGUUCUUCUGCCUCAGCCUCCUGGGUAGCUGGGAUUAUAGGUGUGCACCAUCAUGCCCAGCUCUCAUCUGUACCUCUUUUUUUAAAAAUAUCUGUAUCUCUUGUGCUCGCUUCGGCAGCACAUAUACUAAAAUAUCUGUAUCUCUUCACUGAAGCUCUUGGGGCCAUUUAUCUUUCUGAAAUCAGGUUUGGUUUUGUUUUCUUGGAUUUUUUGAAAGACAAUAAGGCACACACUCCUAAGAGUCCUGGCAAGUUUCAGGACAGCACAUAGGACAUCCGCAUUAAAAUUUCUGUGGAAAACAGAUGUGUGCUGCUGCUAUGUGAGCUGAAUAAGGGCUCUAGGUCUUCCAGGUCAAGGUGCAUUGCCUGAGGAGCCCUGAAAUGUGCCCAGUUAUAGGGAAUGGGGAAGGGGACCUUGCCAGAAUGCCUGCACUACUCCUGGCCUCCAGUGAGCCACUACAGCACAAGGCAAAUUAAAGAAUAAAGACAGGAAACAAAAUUUAGAGAGAAGCUAGGCCUUCGGACCUGAUCAAUGCUGCUCUGGUUAAUAAAGACAAAGGCCCCCAAGUGCAUCCAAUAUUUAUUGAAUACAACUGUGGGAAGGAAUAGGGAGACAGAUAUGCUUUGAAGUCAUCUAAUAAAAUAUUGCUGCACACCUGGCAUGAUGGAGCCAGGCAGAGCUGUUAGGGAGUAAGCACUGCUUAUCUUGCUAGGAUAGAACAAACAAGUACUGAGACCCGGUACAAGCAACCCAUUGGGUCAGUGAGAAGCCAUAAUUCAGGGGAAAGGGUUUUAAUUGGGGUCACUCUGACCUCAGCUGCAUGUGACUCAGCAGAGCCCUGCCACUUCACAGACCAGGGCCUAGGUUUCCGUGGCAGCCACUGGGAGAGGGGCUAUACUUGCCCAGUCCUCCAGCUGACAUGCCCACUUAAGUCACGUAGAGCUUCAGUCUGACUCCUGAUGUAAAACAAUAUAGCUGAAUUAUGGAAAGCAAGAAGCAAAUGCCACUCAUAGCCUGCUAGUACUGGGCAGGGAUGUCUGCUACACCCAGUCAGAACUGAAAUGUGCUGCAAGUCUAAUAAUGCUCACCUGAUUUCAAAAAAUCAUGUUUUAUUCCCACGCUAUGGGAAAAAACAAUGUAAUGUGAAAAAUAAUCAUUUUUCUAUUGAUUACUAUUGAAUGAUAUUGGGUAUAUUGGGGUCAAAUAAGAUACUUAAUUUCACCUGCUUGUUUGGUUGGUUGGUUUUUGGUUUUUUGUUUUUGUGGCACUAGGGCAUUCUCCCACUGAGCUACACUUCCAGCCCUUUUUACUUUUUAUUUUGAGACAGGGUCUCACUAAGUUGCCCAGGUGAGACUCAAAUGUGUCAUCCUCCUGCCUCAGCCUUCCUCAGUGCUGGGAUUAUAGUCAUCAUUGCUUUUUUGAAAUGUGGCUGGUAGACAGUUUUGAAAGGCCCAGAUGGCUCACCUUUGUGUCUUGAUUCUAUUUCCACUGGACAGUGGUCCUCCAAAGAAGCUUGCAAAGAGACGUGUGGCCACCAAUGAGUUUGUUCCCAACUUGUUUUCUAACAGACUUUGCUUUUCAGGGCUUUUGAAUUUCUGAAUUGCAAGUAACAUUUCCAGGUCAAUGAUGGAGAAUCUGGGGCCAGAAGGACAGGUGAGUUCCUCUCCCCACUGGGCAGCCAGUGGGCUUCAUGUCCAGGACUUGCCUGAUCUGGCUAUGACCACCCCCGAGCCUUCUGUCCUCUGCAGCCACCCUGCCCAGAGCUCUCUGCCCUGCCAGGUCCGUGGAGGAGGGGAUGGGCAGAGGGCGGGUCGAGGCUCCUGGCAGAGAGCUCCCAGUGCUACAGGAUGUGAUCAGUAUGACCAAAAAGUCAGUCAUGGCCAGGCCAGGGCUGGUGCUCCUUCUACUGCUGUCCCCGCUGUCACUGCAGCCCUCCUCACUGUCACAGCUGGACAACACAGAGGGCAAGGCCACCCUCUCGGGCCUGAUCCUGUCUGCACUGGAGAGAGCCACCACAUUCCUGGAGGAGCGGCUGCCUGAAAUCAACCUGGAUGGUGUGGUGGGGUUCCAGGUGCUGGAAGUGCAGCUCCGAGGUGCACAGGAGGCAUGGGCAUUGGACCCCCUGCUGCAGCCACUGAGUCUGCGUGCUGGGCACCUGGCUGACAAGGUGGCCCCUCUCCUCCACAGCUCCAUCGCCUACCUGAAUCUCAGUGAUCCUGAGUACCUACGAGCUGCUUUCCCCCCUGCCAGAGUUCCAGCCCAGCCUGCAGCCCGGGUUUUGGAAGCUACCCCGCACCUGGACGCAGACCAACGCCUCCCUAGUCUACCCCUGGCCCAAGCUGCAGGACUCCUUCUCAGAGGACAGCAGCGACUCAUGCCUGGUGCUGCUGUUGGGAACAGGCCUCCCAGAAAGAAUACCUACACCUGGAACCUAUGCCGUAGGGAGGGAUGGAUCACAAACUGGGCAGAUAGGCUGGGCCUGGAGCACCACCCUCAACAGCCUGGCAUGGCUUCCCCCAGGAACACCAGCAGCCAGCCUUGUGGGCUGUCAGACUUCUGCAGGACCCUCAUGACCAAGCCUGGCUGCUCCGGCUACUACCUAUCCCACCAGCUGCUUUUCUUCCUCUGGGCCAGAAUGAAAGGAUGCACAAAGGGACUGUUCAGCCAGAGCCAGCACUACAUCAGCAUCUUCUGUGCCAACAUGAUGGACUUGAACCAGAGAGCUGAAGCCAUCAGAUAUGCCUACCCCAUCCAGGACCUCUUCAUGGAAAACAUCAUGUUCUGCGGAAUUGGCGGCUUCUCUGACUUCUAUAAACGCCGGUGGCUGGAGGCCAUUCUCAGCUGGCAGAAGCCACAGGAAGGAUGCUUCGGAGUGCCUGCUGCUGGGGAUGAAGUCAGACAUGCAGACCGUCUGUACCAACAGCAUGCUCUCAGAAGAGUCAAGAGGCGAGAAAAACAAUUCACAGAUGGCUGUUCCAGCCACAGCACUGCCACAGCAGUUGCGGCCCUGGGCGGCUUCCUCUACAUCCUGGCAGAUCAGCCUUUGGUGCAUGGAGAGCGUCAUCCGUCCACAUUGUCACAAGGCUCCAUGACUGCUGCCCCUUUAGAUCUUCUUCCUUAGGUUCUGGGGCCCAGGUCACAUCCUGAGGAGGAGCCAAGGACGAAAGAGGCCAGCAGGCCACCCUACGUCACUGCAUCAGGCUGUUUGGAGACCCCAAGCAGACAGGGUCCAAAGGGUGGCUGGGAGGGGCUGGGGUGAGCGGAUGAAUGAAUGCACAUAGCACACAGUCAGUCAGGAGUUGGGUCUCAUUUCUCAGCCCUUGGGUGACCUUGGACAACUUCUGUCUCUGUUUCAAGCCCCUAAUCCCACUCGACACACUUUCUAAAGACCCACUGUCUUAGUCUGCUUUCGCCAUCUAUAACAGAACACCACUGUUCCUCUACAAGCAGCAGCAGUCAACAGUGCAGUCUGCACAGCUGGUUCUGGAGACCAGGAAGACCAAGAAAGAGCACAGCAUCUGGCGUGAGCCUUUGUGCCAUGAUGGAAGGAAGAGUGAGCAUUCAAGAAACAGAGGGAGGGCAAAAGGGACUAACCUUAUACCAGAUCUGCUGUCAUGAUAACCAACCCACUCCAGAGAUAAUGACAUGAAUCUGUUCAGAAGAUGCCAGCCCCUGUGACCCAAUCACUUCUCUCAGGUCUCACUUCCUUCCUUUUCCCCCUUCAUACUGAGGAUCAAACCCAAGGAUGAUCCACCAAUGAGCUAAAUCUCCAGUCUCCCUUUGUUUUCAGACAGAGUUCCCUUAAGUUGCCCAGGCUGGUCUCAAACUUGUGAUCCUCCUGCUUCAGCCUCCCAAGUAGCUGGGAUUCCAGAUGUGCACCACUGCACCUGGCCAGAUCCCACCUCUUUACAUUGUUACAGCAGCAAUUGAAUUGCAACAUGAGUUUUGGAAGGGACUUUCAAACCACAGCACCCACACACAGCCUUAAAGGCUGUUUGUUCUGAUGUCAGCUACUGCAAAGGCCAGUGGGGGAAGCAAGUGUUUCUGAGAAGAACAGACUGAGUCAUGAGCUGGGACCCAAGAGGACUGGGAGAGACAGCACAGGCUGUGAAGAGGCCAUGAUGUCACAACACGUCAUGGUCACAUCAUCUUAGAGAGGCAGUAUAAUAUAGUAGUUAGUGAUGUGGCUCUGUGCUCAGAGUGCCUGGAUCGAGACCCCACCACUGUGUCCUUGGGCAUAGUCACUGACUUCCCAGUAACUCAUUUCCUCCUCAGUAACUCAGAGAAAACAGCACCAACCUCAGCAUUACCUCCACUGCUGUGAGGGUUAUGUUUGCAGCAUCUUUCACAUAAUGAGUCCCAAGCUGCUAAUGUCACAUAUAAGGGCAUAUCCCAAAGCAGCAGGAAGGGCAGCUGGCUCCUUGGGGUUCUUGAAUUCCCAGCUCACCGUUCUUCAGCGUGAAGGCAUCUGAAUGGUAGUUCAGCAUUUGGGAAAAGACCUUCCAGAAACUUCUCAUGGGUCCAGCUGUUGUCUGUGGUGCUAUGAUGGGGCAUGCAAACAAGGGUCAAAACCAGGCUGCAGGGUAGAGAACCAGGUGGGAAGGACUGUGAGGACAUGGCCCUGCUUUGCCUCCAGGUGGACAACCGCUGCAGCUCACCUGCGAUGAGUUGUACCUCCGCUCACUGAGUUGUACCUCUCAGUGUGAAUUAAAGUGUUACUUGUGCCUCUGUGCCCAGCUGGACAACCGAAGUGUGGAUGUGGGCAGUGGGUCUUCUAAAUCUCUCAUCUGAAAGGUGGUCUCCGCUGUCUAAUCCUCCCUGUGAUCCCUUGGACACACUUUCCUACAAUUGCUCUUAAAUUGUCAGGCCCAGAGGAUGUUUCUGGAGUCUGCUGACAGGUUAGACUUGCUUCUGAGGUUGCUGUUUUCUCUGGGGAACCAGGAGGUAGAAUUUAAUACCCACUUGCACUCGAGAUGCUUCAAGGAUUUCUUUUGAAUUACUUCACAAGCAGGAAUUUACUGAGACAGACACGCACUUUGUGAGAAGUCAGCUGACUAUAAAGGGAUUAGGGGAGAAUUACCCCACCCCCAUCCUUCCUGACUUGGGGAUGGAUUAGUCACUGAAGCCUGAGCCAAUGCAUUGCAGAAGGCUUAAGUUACCAAACCAGGGCAGGCAGUGCUACAGGAGAACCUGUGUGUACAAGUCACUUUCAAGAAAAGGGAAUCCUAAACUGAGUGUGGAGGCAUGUACUUAUAACCCCCAAGCUCUUGGAGGCUGAAGCAGGAGGACUGCAAGUUUGAGGCCAGCCUGGCAACUUAGUGAGACCCUGUAUCAAAAUAAAAAAAUUUUUAAAGGGCUGGUGAUGUAGUUCAGCAUGAAGCCCCUAGGUUCAACCCUCAGUAUUGAAAAAAAAAAAAGAACAGAAAAGGUCCAAGUCUUAGCAGGUGUCUGCUUUGGCCAGCUGGCACCUUCACACAUACCAAGUUCACACAUUGAGGGGCCCCUGAUGUGCUCAACUGAACCUGAGGGCCACCUGCCAAACAUGGAGCAUAUUACAGAAUUCCCCGCCUGUCAAAACCUCAAAGCCAGGUUCUGGGAUAAAUACCAACAUAGCCCUUUAUAUAAUUGAUGCCAUGCAACACAGACCAAAGACACGGAUCCUGUAAUAAUUCCUAAGAAAGGCUUUAUAAAAGCAACUUUGGCUUUCCAGACUCCAGAACAAACUGGUGUCCCUAUUUGAGAACCAAGUUUCUUCUGGGCAGGACAGCCAAAGAGGUGAGAACCAGGGCUUCAGAAAGGUCCCCUGCCUCAUGCCCAUCUUCCUGCUGCUCCUGUCCAGCUCCUCCCAUCUGCAGGCUCUGGGCCCAUGUCCCCACAUGGGACCUUCUUUCUGUUCUGCUGCCGCAGUCCUCAAGGCUUGGAGAGUCCUCCACUGCCAGGCCCAUAACCUCAUUCUGUAUGUCGUGCUCCCUUGCCUCUUGCCCUCACCACACACCUGUUCUAUGUCUGUCUCUCCAUGAAAACUGAAGCUCCGUGAGACUGGGGACCUGUUUGUCCACUUCAGCUCUGUUUCAUCAGCACAGAGCAGGGGUGAGGUGCUCAUUCCAUUGAACAAACACUGGCACAAUGUGGAUGAGGAUACUAAGAGGGGACAGAAGUGUUCCAGGCUGAAGAGCAGGUGUGAGUGAAGGGAAGCCCCUGGCUCAGUGAGCUGCUUUGGCUAGAACUGUGAAUUUGGGCUGUUCACAACAAAAGGAAGAUUUCCAUGCCAGCUGUUAUGAGCUUAGAGCAACUGGGCAAAGGAUGAGUGGACAUCAAAGCAGGGAGAAAACCAAAGGCAGAGCUCAUCUCUGACUGACCAAUCCUGUGCCUCCUAGUAAACCUUGAGAGAAGAAAGAGGACUUUUGGAGGCGGAGAUAUUGACAGCUGCUCUGGGCUUGUUUGCUGAUUAUUUUGAGCAGCCCAGAUACAAAGAUCAGAAAGGUAUGAUUCCAACAAAUCAAUAUAGUUGUGUCAGGCCAGAGAGUCACUUUGAAUGUGGUUAAUUGAAGUAAAUUAUGGGGGCCGGGGAUUUAGCUCAGUGGCACUGCACCUGCCUUGCAAGUGCAAGGUCCUGAGUUCAAUCCCUGGUACCAAAAAAAAAAAAAAAAAAGAAAGAGAAUAAAAGAAAGAGAAAAA